AUGGUCAAAGAGGGAGAGCAGCAGGUCAAGGAGAGAGAGGAGCAGGUCAAAGAGAGAGAGGAGCAGGUCAAAGAGAGAGAGGAGCAGGUCAAAGAGAGAGAGGAGCAGGUCAAAGAGAGAGGAGCAGGUCAAGGAGAGAGAGGAGCAGGUCAAGGAGAGAGAGGAGCAGGUCAAAGAGAGAGAGGAGCAGGUCAAGGAGAGAGGAGCAGGUCAAGGAGAGAGAGGAGCAGGUCAAGGAGAGAGAGGAGCAGGUCAAAGAGAGAGAGGAGCAGGUCAAAGAGAGAGGAGCAGGUCAAAGAGAGAGAGGAGCAGGUCAAAGAGAGAGAGGAGCAGGUCAAAGAGGGAGAGGAGCAGGUUAAAGAGAGAGAGGAGCAGGUCAAAGAGGGAGAGGAGCAGGUCAAGGAGAGAGAGGGAGGAGCAGGUCAAAGAGAGAGGAGCAGGUCAAAGAGAGAGGAGCAGGUCAAAGAGAGAGAGGAGCAGGUCAAGGAGGGAGAGGAGCAGGUCAAAGAGGGAGAGGAGCAGGUCAAAUAG